AUGUGGUUUCGCACCUUCUUCUCGUCGGGGCUCUCCAAGUUUGUCUUGACCGACAAGAGCCCGCGCGGCGAUGGGCACGGCAACCGCACGCCCGUCUCUCAGAUCUGGUACCGCAUCCUCUCGAACCUCGUGGCCGCCGUUCUCGUCGCGCUCUCGCUCGCAGCGCUCGCAGUCGUGGUGGCCCAAGGCACGUUUCAGCGCGAAGACGUCCAGUACCACGACCAGGGCAAAGCCGCGUACUGGAACAGCCACGGCGCUUCGUGCAAGCUCGAUCAUGCUGGCUGGGUCCCGCACUCGUGCAGCGCCAUCGAGGUCAACACGACGACCAACGCUGUCGCAUGGAAUGCGAUUGGCGCCAACGUCGCUGCGCGUUUAGCGAUACCUGCGGGUGCCACGUACUCGGUGUCGACGUGCUGGAUGGGCGCGACGCCAGAGAUCGGGUGGGCGUCGCUGCAGCUCCUGAUCGGGUACGACUACUUCCCCACGUGCUGCCCCCAAAAGGACGGCGCUGCGUCCAACGCAUACUGA